AUGAAGUCAUUCGCCCUUCCCACGGCUGCACUUAUCGCAGGCCUUAUCUCUACGACUACUGCGCAAACCCAUACCAACUGCUACCCUCUCAACACCACAGGAUGUCCAGACAUGGAGGCGCUCGGCGGAAACGUCACCUUCAACUGGAACAAGACUGGCAUCCCGAACGAUGACAAGGUCUGGAAGAUGCCUAACCAGGGCAAGAUCGACUGGGUCGAGAAGGGUGCAACCUUCACCAUUGAGCGAUCGGGCGACUCCCCCACAGCGAACUCGGUGUUCUACAUGCUCUUUGGUCGCCUCGAGAUUGUCAUGAAGGUGGCCACGGGCACGGGUAUCAUCUCCAGUGCUAUCCUGCAGUCCGAGGCGCUCGAUGAGAUCGACUGGGAGUUCCGUGGCGACGACAAGAUGAUCUUGACCAACUACUUCGGCAAGGGUGACACGACGACCUACGAUCGCGGAAAAGACUUCGACCAAGGCUUCAACCCACAGGACGACUUCCACAACUACACUAUCGACUGGAGAAAGGAACGCAUCGAGUGGUAUGUCGACGACAAACUGGUCAGGACACUCACCCCCAGUGAGGCUAAAGAUGGAACACGGUACCCGCAAACGCCCAUGAACGUCCGCCUUGGUGCAUGGGCUGCUGGUGACCCCAACAAGAACGACCCUGGUGUUGUCGAGUGGGCUGGUGGCAAGACAGACUUUACCAAGGGACCAUACACCAUGACGAUCCAGUCUGUCUACGCGCAAGACUACACAAGCGGCGCUGCGAAGUACUCAUGGGCUGACAUGGAUUCGUCUGGUGACUGGGAGAAGGUCAAGGUCAUCGAGGGAAAAUCCGAGGUGCUCGAAGAGAUCCAGUCUCCCCACGGUGUCAAGAACCGAUUUGAAACCCUUUCCAAGGGCGCCAAGAUUGGCAUCAUUGCUGGUGUCCUCGGAGCUGUAGCAAUUGGCGCAGCUGUCUUCCUGUUCUGCUGCAUCAAGAAGCGUCGCGAAGGCAAGAGAGAGCACCAGGCUCUCCUCGCUGAGGAGCAAAAGGAGGCUGCGGAGCUCAGCGAGUACAAGGCUCAGAUGCAAGCCGGCAGGUUUGCCAUGGGGUCCAACAACCGCGUCUAA